AUGUUCCCACUUUUUAAUAUUUAUUCGCUUUGUGAAUAUUGUCUUUCACAUAGAGCAAACAUCAAUGCUAAAAAUAGAGAUGAUAAAAAUGCACUUCAUUAUGCAGCAAUGAAAAAUUCUAAAGAGAUUGCAAAAUUUCUUGUUUCAAAUAAUAUUGACAUCACUGCUAGAGAUAUACAUGGAUUCACAGCACUUCAUUAUGCAGUGAAGUUUAAUAGUAUCGAAACUUUAGAAACUAUUGUUUCAAAUUCUUCAUCUAUUGAUUAUAGAGAUGCCGAUAGAAAUACUGCACUUCAUAUUGCAGCACGUAAUAACAACAUGGAAAUAUUAGAAAUGCUUAUUAAACAUGGCGCAGAUGUCAAUAAAUGGGGCAAUCAUGCUUAUACUGCUUUACAUUAUGCAACAUUCAAUAAUUGUUAUAAAAUCGUCAAAUACCUUGUCUUGAACGGUGUGGAUAUGAAAGAAGAAAAUCUAUUUUCAAACCAUGCUCUUCAACUUACAAUAAAGGAGAAUUAUGUGGAAAUUGCAAAAUUUUUAAUUUCUCAUGGAGCUGAUUUCGACUCAGGAACGACCCCUCUUUCUGAUGCAAUAAUUUAUGAUCGCCCAGAAAUAACUCUAUAUCUGCUUAUUAAUGGUGCAGAUAUAUUUGGAAAAAAUUAUUUUGGUCGGACAAUUUUUGAAAUGACAGAAAGAGAAAAAAGUCAUUUGUCUUAUAAAAUUGUUCUUUUAUUUAUUGUUAGGGCUUUAAAUUACAAGUUACUACCAUUCAUUUUAAUAUCUUAUAUUAUUUUCUAUUAUUUUAUCAAGUAA